GCUAUAAGUUUAACUGAACAAAUUGAGUCAAUCCUGCUUCAAGACAAGAAAGCAAAACUUCGACAAAUACGAACCCUUCUUGCACACAAUCUUUUUCAACAACAAAAAUUCGACGAAGCUAUUACUAUUUUUCAAGAACUUGAAACUGACCCUGCUGAAGUCAUUUCUUUGUAUCCUCCAUCAAUAUCAGGAACGCUUCAUUCAGGCGCGUUACACCAACAAAACUUGGAAAAAUCCGAAACUAAUCACGAAAAUGGAUUAACUACCGUGAAAAGAAAGUUGCUUGAAGACGCUGUAUCAGCGUUGAUAAGAUUUUUGACAGACCGACGACAAAAGAUAUUGAAUUCUAAACCAAAAAUGAGAAGUGAUAUUCUAUCAGGGUCAUCUAAUGUUAAUGGGAAUACAACCGCAUCUCGGAAAUUGCAGAACUA